GCAUUCGAGAACAGAUGCGCCGUACCUAGCGUUUCAGGCUCAGAUAUGAAGCUUCAGUUCUGUUCAUGGCCUUCCUGUGUGUUUGUCCUGCUAACACUCCUGAAUCAAAGUGCAACAGCAGUGGAGAGGCAGUACUAUAUAGCUGCAGUUAACAUUGACUGGGAUUACACAACUCAUGCAAAUAUAAGGGUUGGUCCUACGUAUAAGAAGGCAGUAUACAGAGAGUAUUAUGCUGGUUUCAAUCAGCCUAAAGCUCAUCCCUCAUGGUCAGGGCUUUUGGGACCCACAAUCCAUGGCCAGGAAGGUGACACUAUAAUUGUCAUAUUCAGAAACAUGGCAGAUCAUCCAUGUAGCAUCCAUCCACAUGGCAUUGCUUAUAGCAAACAAUCAGAAGGAUCUUUGUACUUUGAUAACACAUCUCAAUUUGAAAAAGAGGAUGAUGUCAUUUACCCGGGCAAAGAACAUACAUACCACUGGGAAGUGACCUCAGAGGUGUCCCCUAAAGCUGAUGAUCCAUCCUGUGUCACAUACACUUAUUUCUCCCAUAAUGACAUUGUUAAGGACUACAACACGGGUCUUAUAGGCACACUGCUAAUCUGUAAGAAAGAUAGCCUUGAUGACACUGGAAAGCAAGUCUAUUUCCAUCAGGAACUCACAGUGUUGUUUGGAGUGUUUGAUGAGGGCAACACCUGGUACAGCAAGGAGGGUACUUCACUCCAAAAUAAUGUAAAAUACACCAUCAAUGGCUUUACAAAUGGCUCUAUCCCUGAUUUGGCUGUGUGUGCAUAUUCCAAAGUUAACUGGCAUUUGUUGGGUAUGAGUUCUGAACCAGAGCUCUUUUCUGUGCACUUCAAUGGGCAAGUCUUACAGCAAGAUGGGCACAAGGUGUCUUCAAUUGGCAUAAUUAGUGGCACUGCCACCAGCGCAGAGAUGUCUGCAAUCUACCCCGGUCGUUGGCUCCUCUCUUCUUACAUCAGUAAGCAUUUGGAAGCUGGAAUGUAUGGCUUUCUGGAUGUUAACACAUGCCAAGACUUUACUGCACCAAAGCGAAAACUCACCAUCCAACAAAGACGAGAGAGCCAGGAGUGGAUUUACUACAUUGCGGCUGAGGAGAUUAUCUGGGAUUAUGCCCCAAAUAUGCCUGAAAAUGUAGAUGGAGAUUUCUGGUCUACAUACCUAAAACCGGGUACAGAGCGCAUAGGUCAAAAAUAUAAAAAAGCAGUGUUCACCCAGUAUAAAGAUGCAACGUUUAAAGAAAGGGCAGAGCACAAUCAGAGAAAAAAUGAAUUGGGGAUUCUUGGCCCUGUGAUCAGAGCACAAAUUAGAGACAUUAUAAAGAUUGUGUUUAAAAAUAAGGCAUCACGUCCAUACAGCAUCUAUCCUCAUGGACUAAGCAUUAAUAAAGCAGCAGAAGGAGCCAACUACCCUAAGGAAGGGAACCAGAGUCGUGCUGUACAACCAGGGGAGACCUAUACAUAUGUUUGGCAAGUUAUUGAGGAGGAUGAGCCAUUAGCCAGAGAUUCAAGGUGUCUUACCCGGAUGUACCAUAGUGCAGUGGACAUACCACGAGAUAUUGCUUCAGGACUUAUUGGGCCCAUCCUCAUCUGCAAAAGCCAGUCCCUCAACACUAGAAAUGUCCAGCUGAGAGCAGAUAAGGAGCAGCAUGCUAUGUUUGCAGUUUUUGAUGAGAACAAGAGUUGGUAUUUGGACGAAAACAUUAACAUGUAUUGUGGAGACCCAAAAAGAGUCAAAACAGAUGACCCAGAAUUUUAUAAAUCUAAUAUUAUGCACACAAUCAAUGGUUAUGUGUAUGAAAGUGGCCAAGUCCUAGGGUUUUGCAAUGGUGAGAUUGCAACUUGGCAUGUGUCCAGUGUUGGGGAACAAGAUGACAUUCACACCGUCACGUUUUAUGGACACACGUUUGAGCUGAACAACAGAGAAGAGGACAUUCUUAGUCUGUUUCCAAUGACAGGAGAGACCAUCUCUAUAAACAUGGCUAAUAUUGGAAUCUGGCUACUGGCAUCAUUAAACACACAUGAAUCUAAAAAAGGUUUGAGGGUAAAAUUUAAGGAUGUCGAAUGCUUCAGGGAUGUCAUAGAAGAGGAAAACAACUAUGAUGAUUAUACAGUUGGCCCUGAGACAUUCUCUGUGUGGAAACCUAUUGAUGAAACAGAGAUAAUGAAGGAAAACAUAAAACCAACAAAAAAAACUAAUGUGGAUAUUGAUAUUGACACUGAUGCAUAUGCAGAUGUCCUUGGGCUUAGGGCAUUAAGAAAUAAAGGAAACAGUAUAGAUACUGUGGAACAGCUGGACCUUUCUCUUUUAGAUUUUAAUGAUGAUUUGCUGCUUGAAAACAACAGUCCUAGCCUAAAUGAUGAGAUCAAAAACAUGACCCAUUUUCGGCUGGAUUUUGAUGCUAACAACAUUACAAGUACAGAAUUUCAAAAUGAAAGCACAGAAGAUGCAUUGUCCUUAAUGACACUGAACUCAAGUUCCAUUAAAUCCCCAAUCAAUUUGACAAAAAGUGUUUUCACAAAUUCCAGGACCAUAUUACGUCAGCAAGACACUGAGAGUAAACAAAAACAAAAUUCAGAGCGCCAUGAAGACAAUACAACAGAGACCCAGACCCAGGAAUUAUCUGUCAUAAGCACUGUGAAUGUAGGAGAAGACAAAGAGGGGUCAAGUGACAACAUCUUUAUUUACAGCGUGCCAGCCUCUAAGCCUCUUAAAGUCCAAGAGGUGGAAGAUUUUGUGCUGUUGGAUAGUGGUGAAGAAAUCAAAACUGUUUCCCAUCAGCAUUCAGUUGAGUACAACUACUCACCUGCAACACUUAUCAACAACACAAUUUUGAAACUACUGGAUAAUACAACUCAGACUGUAACAUCUCAAGAUAUUCAAGUAUUCAAUCACACCAGUGUAAACUCAGAUAUUUCAUACACAAAUAAUACAAUAUUAAAUAGCACCCAAAUAUAUUCAGAGUUUACACAGAAGGACUUUCAAGAAUUAAACAGUAGCAAUUUAGAAUUUACACUGGAGGAGUUAAAAAAAUCAAAAAGCACCCAAUUGGACUCACAGUAUACACUUCAUGGACUUAAAGAAUUAAAUAGUACAGAAGCAGGUUCAGACUUUACACAACAUCAAAGGUUUACAGAGUAUACAGAUUUAAACAGAAGCAAAGUGGACUCUGAAUUGACCCUGGAAAAAAAUAAGCAAAUAAAUAGUACCCAAUUAAACAUAGUGGUCGAAAAAAAAAAGCUUAAGGAAUCAAAUAACACCCAUGUUGCCCCAGAAUCCACAUCAAUCUUUAAAGAAUCAAAUAGCAGCCAAGUACAGGUAAAGUUUUCACUGAAGGAUUUUCAGACAUUAAAUAGCACCCACGGUGACUCAGACUUAAUAGCUGAUGAAUUUAAGGAUGUAAAUAGCACCCAUGUGAACACAGAAUUUACUCUAAGUUGGUUUAAAGGAUUAAACAUCAGCAAAACACACUCUAUACUAGAGGAGCUUAAAGCGUUAAACAGCACCCAGUACCAAUCCAAUUCAGAUAUUCAACAAUCGGACAGCAAAGAGAUCCAAAAUUCUAAAUUUGACUCUUAUUCUACUGAAUACAUUGUAAGUAAUGGCACAAAAAAAACAAAAAAGCUGCUAUUGUCAAGCAUAAUAUCCAUAACUGACCAUGCACAUAAUGAAACAACAAGCCCUCAAGUCAACAAGCUCCACAACUCAACUGAAAAGUUUAGUUCUAAAAGUUGGCAAAAUAUUUCUCUUCCUAUUAGUGUUAUUAACAUUUUAUCUUCAAAUGGAAACAUUUCUCAAACUGAUAUCUUUGUGAAAAACAACCGUUCUGAAGAGAAGGACAUUUUAGAAAUACCAGAAAGUGAAGAAAGCCAUGAAGAAGUGGUCAUUAUUUUAAAGAAUAGAAACCACAGUAAAAUAAUUGUCAGUAGCCCUUUGGAUCCUCAAAUAAAGAACUGGACCUAUGAAGGCAAACAUGAGCUGGUAUUAAUGGAGCUCCCGGAUCACAUAAACAAAUACAUAACAGACAAUGCAGAGGCUGAACUAAACAGAUCUAGUGGUGUGGAAGAGGUCAGGAAAAAAGUCAUUCUUCAAAGGGUGACACCAGUUAAGGGGUAUGGCAUGAAGACAAAAAAGAGGAAGGAGUACAAACCUCAACCUCGCAGUGAUAUCUCUCCACAUGGUUUUUCUCCAAGAGGUUUUGCCCCAUCUCAUUUAACUCCAAGGACUACCAAACCCAUUUUUAAUGAAGAAGACUUGCUGGCGAAGCACAUAGUCAUUGGAGUUCCCAGAAGAGACUUUAAUGACUAUGAACUAUUUGCUCACUAUCAAGGGCAAAAUUUUGAAAACAUCCAAGAAAGCACUGAAGAAUAUGAAUAUGUAGAAUACACAGAUCCAUACAGGAAGCAAAGUGACAUAACAACUGUUGACCUUGAUGAAGCAUCUAAAUAUUCCUUGAAAAUGGCUGACAGCAAUGCCAGGGUAUACUUUAUUACUGCUGAGGAAGUUAAUUGGGAUUAUGCAGGCUAUGGACAAAGGAGGGAAGAUAGAUCCUCUCAAAUAGAAAGACCCACAAUGUUCAAAAAAGUUUUGUUCAGGGAAUAUUUGGACAGCUCUUUCACAACCCCACACACUCGAGGAGAAGUAGAUGAGCACCUGGGCAUCAUGGGCACUGUCAUUAAGGCUGAAGUUGAUGAGACCAUCUAUAUUGUGUUUAAGAAUCUUGCCACUCGCUCAUAUUCACUCCAUGCCAACGGAGUGUCUUAUACAAAAAAUAUGGAAGGGCUAAAAUAUGAAGAUGGAUCGCCUUACUACUACAAGUAUGAUAAUGAAGUUCAACCCAACCAAACUUUCACAUACAUUUGGACAGUAAACUCCAAAGUGGGACCAUUGAAAGAUGAAUCUGACUGUCGAAUAUGGACAUACUACUCUGGUGUCAAUCCUGAGCGAGACAUACAUUCUGGAUUAAUUGGGCCCCUUUUGGUCUGUAGAAAGGGCACACUAUCGAAAAAGCUUGUGAAUACACGAGAAUUUAUGUUACUCUUUAUGACAUUUGAUGAGAAAAAGAGUUGGUACUAUGAAAAAAACUAUGAGAUUCUUAAAAAGACAAACAAAAAAGCAGUGAUGGACCCACAUUUCACCAAAAACAUCCAAUUUCAUGCUAUUAAUGGAAUUAUAUACAGUCUAAAAGGACUUCGCAUGUACACCAAUCAGCUAGUGAACUGGCAUCUUAUAAACAUGGGCUCAACAAAAGAUUUCCACAGUAUCCAUUUUCAUGGUCAAACAUUCCUGCACAAGCAUAAAAAUUACCAUCGUCACAGCGUGUAUCCUCUUUUACCAGGAAACUUUGCAACACUGGAGAUGUUGCCAUCAAAGCCAGGGCUUUGGCUGCUGGAGUCUGAGGUUGGAGUCUCUCAGCAGAAAGGAAUGCAGACUCUUUUUUUAGUGUUGGACAAUGUAUGCAACCAUCCACUUGGCCUUUAUUCUGGGACUGUAAAAGACAGCCAAAUUACAGCAUCUGACUUUAGAGGUUCCUGGCUGCCCAGCUUGGCCAGACUGCACAAUGCAGGAAAAUACAAUGCAUGGAGUACAACACAGUCAGGACAGUGGAUUCAGGUAGAUUUUCAACGACCAGUCGUGAUUAGUAAAAUAGCCACGCAGGGGGCCAAGCAAUUGUUGUCAUCUCACUUUGUGCUGAACUACACCAUUUCCUACAGCACAGACCGCAAAAAAUGGAUUUUCUACAAGGGAGACAGCAGAACUUCCAAAAAGAUGUUUGAUGGUAAUAGGGAUGCCCAUGAAGCAAAGGAGAAUAUAUUCUUCCCACCCAUAAUUGGCCGUUUUGUGAGGCUUUACCCAUCUUAUUCAUAUAAUUACCCAACUGUUCGCAUGGAGUUCUAUGGCUGUGAGUUAGAUGGUUGUUCUGUGCCACUUGGAAUAAAAAGUGGUCUUAUCGAAGACCAUCAGAUUACAGCCAGUUCUGUUGCUUCCACCUGGUACUCUGGUUCAUGGCAGCCUUGGUUUGCCCGUCUAGAUAAACAAGGAGCUCUCAAUGCUUGGCAGGCUCAGAGUAAUGACAGACAACCAUGGCUUCAGAUAGAACUUAAUAAAAUCAAGAAAAUCACUGGAAUUGUUACCCAGGGAGCAAAGACACUUGGCAAAGAGAUGUUUGUAACAGCUUAUAUCUUAGAGUACAGUGAUGAUGGCAAGAUAUGGACCAAGUACACCGAUGAUGACUAUGAGCUAAAGACAUUCUCUGGAAACUCUAAUAACAAUGGUCAUGAGAAAAAUUACAUAUACCCCCCGAUAUUUUCCAGAUUUAUUCGAAUUAUUCCUAAUAGAUGGCAGAAUUCUGUCACUAUGAGGAUUGAGCUGCUUGGGUGUGAUUUUGAAUAAUUACAUUAUUGUGUCAUUCAGUAUUAGUGUACUAAACUUGAAUAUUUCUUUUAUAAAAAAUUUUUUUAUAAAUAUCUACUCAUAAUUGAAAUAUAUUAAUUUCUGCUGUUUGCAAAUAAAAGUAAACUAUGUAAGCUAUUAAAUAAAUUCAUGUCAUUAUUAAAUCAGAAUUUUUAUUUGCCAAG